AUGCGAAAGCCCUCCACUGCGCAUCGCUCGCGCCGAGCCCCGCCCCUGAAGGACAGCGACUAUGACCACGAGAUCAACCUCGUCGACCAUGCUGCAGAGGCCGUGACCCCCCAGGCCCUGUCCCCAGAACCGGGGCAGGGGCAGCAGCCAGACCAGCCAGGGCAGUCUGCAGAACAGCGCCCGACAUCUACCGCACAAUCAGAAUCACAGCAAGGGGUAGCAGCAGCAGAACAGGAUCGGGAGGCUGCUGACGACUCUGGGGAGGGCCCGUCCGCCUCGCAGAGGGCCCCGCUGCAGCACAGCCCAGCACGGCGUAGAACCAGUGGUGCCUCCUCGACCUCCAGGCGCUCCAGAAAGGCCUCCAAAAAGGCUGCGUCACAAGAGAGCUUGGCCCGCAAUGCAGCCCUCCCUGAACUCCAAAUAACAGAGCCUACGCCGCUCGUUGGGCCACAGCGUACCCAUUCAGAUGCAAACGGCACCCAGCGCCGCAAGCCAACCCCCGAGACGGCCAUCGACAUCCUAUACGAGAAUGAGCGAGGCGGCAUGUUCUGUGGGAUCCCCCUCUUCUCCCCGAAGGCCCUAGGCCAGCUAGACCCUCCAAACUGGACCAACUUCGCCCACAAGCCGAGCCCGACCAGCAUCCACACCGCACAGGUCCCGGACCCGAGCUGGGUGUGGUCGUGGCCCGAAUGGCACAUCAACAGGGACGAGGGCGUCGACGAGAACGGCUGGGAGUACAGCUUCAUGUUUGCCAAGAUGUUCUCCUGGCACCUGCCUAGGUGGUACAACUCGUGCGUGCGGCGGCGGGCAUGGACUCGCCAAAGGGUCAAGAGGGACCCCGAGUCCAACGACCCCCACAUGCUCAACUCGGAGUAUUUCACCGUCCGCCGGAGCAUGGAGACGGAGCGCACCGCCGGGAGGGCAAGCAGCCGCAACAGCCGGCACAGCCCAAGCGUGAUCUCGUGGGUGUCGGCCGAGGCCGGAGCGAAGCCCGACAUCGAGGAUAUCGAUACCCUGAUGGCCAUACUCACCAGGUCACGGAUCGACCGCGAGAAGAUCGAGGCGGUGGAGAACUUCCUGCAGCACGGAGGGGACGAGCUGGUCCAUCUGCAGCACAGGAUGCACGAUAUCAUGGCCAUUUUUGUGUUCCAGGCCUCGAGGAGGGUCCUGCUGGCCAAGCUGAACGAGGUCUUUGAGCAGACGCAGCAGGAACUCAAGGAGAACGACACGGGCACGCUGCAGCGCAGAAGUAACAAUUUGAAAGGUGCUAUAGGGCACGCGGACGAGGAAUGCAGGCGGCUGGAGUACUGGAGCGACGUCAAGAAGCUCGUUAGGGAAGGGCAGUCGACGACGGCGACAGACAAGUGCGAGGGAUGGACCGAGGACUGGCGCGGCGUCGACCAGAGUGGCCCAUGUGAGCCGAGCAAAACCACAUAA